AUGAUUUUUUUAACUAAAUUAAUGGACUUUAAAUUUGUUUUUAUUAUUGGCCUUGUUGCACUGGAUGUUGGAGCAGCUCCUGGUUCGUGGUGUCAAGUUCUGAGUGAAUUAAUCUUCCCAUUAAAUCCGUUGCAUUCAAAUCAAACUGAAAUUAACAAGAAUGGUCUUCAAAAAAGUCAAGAUGGUUAUAUUCUGGGAAUUGAUUUACUUCCAAUUUCGCCAAUCGAUGGUGUUGAUUUACUUUGUAAAGCAGACUUUCUUAAACCUGCAACUCAAACAGAAAUUAUUCGAAGGCUUCAAGGAAGACAAGUUAAUUUGUUAUUGAGUGAUAUGGCUCCAAAUCCUAUAGGAGAUUCCAGAGUUGACCAUUUCCGUAUAAUUCAACUAUGCAAAUCUUUACUAGAUUUUGGAACAAAAGAAAACUCUAUUGACGGGAAAACAAUUUUGGCAAAAGAUGGAAUUUUUCUUUGCAAGGUAAGCAAAUUUUUCUCUAAAAGAUUGCCGUUUGUAUUUUCUUCUAGGGUUGUUGGCGACCGGUUUUAA